AUGACUGGUAGCGAUGGUUCUCAGGGACCUAUGGUCGUAGGUAUCUGUGUGGCAUUUGCCACCUUGACCUUCAUUGUUUUGGCUCUUCGUCUCUUUGCACGCAUUUGUGUCUUAGGUCAAAUGGGUAUUGACGACUACCUCAUUAUUGGCGCUUGUGCGUUGUCGUGGUCAUUUAUCGCUGCCACACUUGUCGCGGUCAAAGAUGGACUUGGAAAGCACAUUGAGGAUGUCGACCAGACCAGGAUCGUCGACUAUUCUUUUGUAAGGAUGCAGAUCCCGACCCUGUACAGCAUUGCAUUUCUAACCUCUCCUCAGGCCGUCUGGCUCAGUUCAAUGUUCUAUCUCGCAACACUUGGAUUCAUCAAAACCUCCGUCUUGUGGUUCUAUACUCGCCUUGGGGAUCGCUAUCUCACUCGCCUAUCCUGGGUUAUGAUGGGAGUUAUUAUGGCACAAGCCAUCUCAUUCGUUCUCGUGGCUGCAUUCCAAUGUCAACCCAUUAGCAUGGCCUGGACUGGCACUGGACCCGGAAAAUGCGUCGACAUCAACCUUUUCUACCUGUGCAACGCCGCCCUGAACAUCGUCACCGAUCUCUUAACUUAUACCUUGCCCAUCAAGGUAAUCUUCCAUCUCCAGAUGCCUCAGAAACAGAAGAUUGUUCUGGCCUUUAUCCUCUGUCUUGGUCUUUUCGCUUGCGUCUCCUCGAUCAUCCGAAUCACCUACAUCCCUGCCAUGCUUGGCUCGAAGGACUCCACCUACGCCAUCAGUGGUGCCAUGUACUGGUCAGUUAUCGAAACCAACAUCGGCAUCUUCGCUGCCUCGAUCCCAUCAUUCAAAGCCAUCGCCUCCCGCUUCCUACCCCGCUUCAUCGGCGAAUACAGCAGUGGGAAGAAAUACGGCCCCUGGUCAAGCAGCGACAACGCUACCCCGCGGUAUGCAUCUGGAUUUGCCAAGGUUAAGGAUCCCAACAGCAUCACUAUGAUCACAGUCAACGGCAAAGAGGAUGUUCCCAUGGGCACCAAUAUUGGCCCAGCCAGCAACUCCAGCGAGGAGCGCAUUAUCCCCCAGGGCAAGAUCUACGCUCACACGGAGAUCGAAACUACCUUCGAAAUAAAUGAUUUAGCUACCUGCGAAAGAAAUGAUUGUGGAAGCGACAGUUCACCGUCCCUCGAGCGGGCUCGUCAAUGA